CAUGGUGACUAGCGUUGCACUCUCCUCCAACUAUGAGGUCUAGGUAUGGGCGGAACAACUUUCCGGGCAAGUAAUCGCCGAGUUGGAUCGCUUGCGAAACCCACCAGCUUGAGCUUAAAUCAACCCUCAGCAUGCUCGGUCGCUUCGGAAGCAACCUUAGCACAAUAGAGUCUUCAAAGCUGCAUGCAGCAGCUUUCAGCCUUCGUCUCGCAAGCGAAUAUACCUAUCCUCGCCCACAUCCUGUCUCCUCGUAUUAGGAAACUCCGUGGCUUUCACGAACACUCCGUCAGAGAAACGUCUUUCUUACUCACAUCAACGACUAUGUAUCUACAGCUGGUACUUCUUGCUUCAUACCCUCUCGUGGUAGCACAGGGCUCGCUUCAACCGUCCGAUUGUAUUGGUGAUAUCUCGAACUUCCCAAAUUGCGACUCCGUAAACACGAUUCUUGACCGCUGCAACCAGACUACCGACAAGGAAGCCACCGUAAACUGUAUGUGUACACAGGACUUCAUCGACUCCUGGAUUGGGUACGCAUGAGCACAGCAAACUCCUCGAAAUAUCGGUCUGACAUUGCAUAUCAAGGUGCAAGUCCGAAUUCCGCGAGUGUGGGCUGACCACCUCAUUCGAUUCUGACUUUGAUUCCUUCCUCGUGGAAUGGCAUGGUGCUUGCGAUCCAUACCUUUCCAAAUCUAUCACAACGCCACCUGUCACCACGCCGACUGCUACGCUCGGACAGGGAGUCUGUGAGCAGAUAUACGAGAGUUGCGCCCGCUGGAGCAGAGGAUAUUCAUCCUGUACAGAGGCUCAAGACGCAGG